CCGAUAAAGGUAGAAACUAAUAAAUAUCUGUUGCGAUGCCGCCGAAUAAAACUCAUUGAAGUACAGAUAGUCCAAGUUCUUGGGUCGGUCCAAAUUGUUUUCGAGACACUAGGUAGACAAUGAGAAAAAUCAUCAAUAGUAAGUGUAAUGUUGGAAACAAUAAAUUCUCGCAAAAAGCACGCGUAGAAAAUUAAUUAAUAGCUGACUGUACAGUUUCUCCAUUUUCUGAAUAAGGUCCAGAGGAUAAACAGAUCUGAAUAAGAUGAAAUUUUCCAUAGUUUAGACUCGUUCAAAACUAUGAAACCCAUUAAUCCUAUUAUAAAAACAUUGUUCGGCAAUUAUGUUACAUCCAGACAAAUCCAAGCUGUCUGAUGCAUCAGGAGCAGUGAAAGAGUAUAUGCUAUGUGUAUGUAGGCAUGACUGUUUCAGAAAUGGCGAAGGGUGGUCUGUGCCCAAUUGCAAGAGUAGCGAAUAUGGGUUGCAGUUCCAUUCAUUCUUUGGCUUCUCAUUUAGUUUCUUCAGCAAUGAAGACUCCACAAAUUUUCCAUUUGCACUUGUCAAGCAGAUGGCCUUGCCAUAAGAAUGCUCCAGGCAACCUUUGUAAGGGUUUGGUGAGUUCGGCCACAGCUGUUAAUGGCACAGGCAGCCACUAUUGGGAAAAGCCGUCAACUCCUUUACUGGAUACAGUUGAAACACCUAUGCAUUUGAAAAACUUGUCACUGCAGGAGUUGAAAUGGCUUGCUGAGGAGAUCCGUGCUGAAAUCAUUUUCACUUUAUCUAAUACCGGUAGUCAGUUCAAGGCCAGUCUAGGGGCUGUAGAUUUGACCAUAGCACUUCAUUACGUCUUGAAUAGCCCUAUGGACAAGAUUUUAUGGGAUGUUGGGGAACAGGCAUAUCCACAUAAGAUUCUUACUGGCAGAAGGUCACAACUACAUACUUUAGGGAAGAAUAAUGGCCUUUCAGGCUUUACCUCCCGCUUUGAAAGUGAUUAUGAUGCAUUUGGCGCUGGCCAUGGAUGUAGCAGUAUUUCAGCAGGCUUAGGUAUGGCUGUUGCACGGGACUUAAAAGGGAGAAAAAAUCAUGUUGUAGCAGUGAUAGGGAAUGGAACUACAACAGCAGGGCAAGCUUUUGAAGCUAUGACCAAUGCAGGUUAUUUAGACUCAAAUAUGAUAGUCAUUCUCAAUGAUAGUAGACAUUCCUUGCAGAUGAAAAUAUCUGAAACAUCUAAGACACCUAUCAGUUCCCUUGCUAGUACUUUAACCAAAUUACAAUCAGGUAAAACAUUUCGAGAGCUUCGAGAAGCUGCCAAGGGUAUGACUAAGAAACUUGGUGGGAAGAUGCAUGAAUUGGCUGCUAAAGUGGAUGAAUAUGCACGUGGCAUGAUUGUUCCAUUAGGUGCAACCCUUUUUGAGGAGCUAGGGCUUUAUUAUAUAGGACCAGUUGAUGGUCAUAAUAUUGGUGAUCUGGUAAGUAUUUUGCAAGAAGUAAAAUCUACACAAUCAACAGGUCCAGUGUUGAUACAUGUGGUAACAGAGAAUGGUCGAGGUUUCUUGGAAACUCAAAAUCAAACAACUAAACAUCAAGGUAUUGGAAUUCCUGAUUUCGCUCCCGCAAAGCAGCAGAUGGAGAAGCUUUCUCCUUGUACAUAUGCAGAUUAUUUUGUUCAAGCGUUGAUUUCAGAAAGUGACAAAGAUGAUGACAUAGUUGUUGUCCAUGCACCGAUGGGAGCUGACAUGGGUCUAGGCACUUAUGCAGAUAGGUUCCCUGAUAGGUGCUUUGAUGUUGGUAUGGCUGAACAACAUGCAGUUACUUUUGCUGCUGGCUUAGCAUGUGAAGGCCUAAAACCUUUUUGUGUGAUUAACUCCUCAUUUCUGCAAAGGGCUUAUGAUCAGGUGAUCCACGAUGUCGACCUUCAGAAGUUACCUGUCAGAUUUGCAAUGGAUGGUGCAGGACUUGCUGGAGCAGAUGGGCCUACACAUGCUGGAGCAUUUGAUGUAACAUACAUGGCAUGCCUGCCCAAUAUGAUUGUUAUGGCACCUUCUGAUGAAAGAGAGUUGUUUAACAUGGUGGCUACUGCUGUAGCUGUUAACGACAGGCCCAUUUGCAUUCGCUAUCCUAGAAGUUAUGGUGCUGGAGUGUCACUUCCAUCCGGAUAUAAGGGGCAACCUCUGGAGAUUGGUAAUGGUAGAAUCGUGGUUGAUGGAGCUGAGGUGGCACUUCUAGGAUAUGGAGCAAUGGUGCAAAAUUGUUUGAGGGCUUGGAACUUAUUAGCUAAGCUUGGGAUACAUGCCACAGUUGCAGAUGCAAGAUUUUGCAAACCACUUGAUCUUAAGUUGAUUAGACAGCUAGCAAGAGAACACCAUGUUCUAAUUACAGUGGAAGAGGGAUCUGUUGGAGGGUUUGGAUCUCAUGUUGUCCAGUUUAUGGCACUUGAUGGUCUUCUUGAUGGAAAACUGAAGUGGAGACCUAUUGUCUUGCCUGACCAUUAUAUUGAGCAUGGGUCUACAAGGGAACAAUUAUCACAUGCUGGUUUGACAGGGACUCACAUUGCUGCAACGGCAUUGACUCUUCUUGGUCGGACAAGGGAUGCCCUUGAGAUCAUGUGCUAAGAGUACGCCCCUGAUGCAACAAUUGAUGAAUAAGUAACUUGUAAUCUUUAUCAAUAUUCGUUGAGCAUAUGGAGGAUGGGUUGCAACUUUCAAUCAUCACCAAUUAUGAAGGUGCUGUAAGUGUUGCCUGUUUGUGCUUUUGACCCAUUUCAUGUGUCCAUUCUUUUAGCUCAUGCAUGCAUGAGUUCCAAGUGACUUGAUGGUAAAGUACGUUCUCUGUUGCUUCGAGUUGCUGAUAGCAGUUUAUCAGGCUCUGUUGCCAGAUGCAAAAGCAACCAUCUUACAUUUUAUAUGUUACGAUAGCUGCAGAGGAAUAUCCAUGUAAUCAACAUGCAGAAUUUUUAUAUGUAAAAGUGCCCUUUAUGAUCUUUGCGAUGAUUCUGCAAAUUAGAUUUCAUAAUACAAAUAUAACUCCUAAAACUGUAUUGGGUAGAGUCCAAGUUGAAAUCAGGAAACUGAUAACCAAACGACCUGUUGAACCAAAUUAUAAAUUACAUUUUGGAGCAGAGUUGCCGGAUGCUUCCGCUCCUCUGGUUGGAUAUAUGCAUCUGUUCAGCAGAUACCGGACAAGGAUACACUACUCCUGGAUAUUGUAUCCGAAUGUAUUCAUAUAUGAUCCUGUAUUUUGGGCGGUAUCUGAUUUUUCUGGAUACGACUGAACAC